ACCGUUAUCUCUGCUGGUAUCUAAAAACAAUGAAGAUCGUCCCACUACUUUUUGCCUGCGUGGCUUUGGCCAAUUUUGCAAAAGUCGGUGCUAUGAAUAAUAACGAUGAAUCUGGUCUUAGUGGAGGUGCUCCUCUUGAGUCUCGGCGUACUGCAACUCCAAAUCCCCAUCCAGAAUCGAGUUCUGCAAAUAAUUCGAACCCCCAUCCAGAUAUCGGUCCUUGGGCUGCUCAUACGCAUACUCAUGCACCUGGAAUUCAAAGACCUAUUCCUAACGAUCCUAGUCGUCCACGGAAACUGAUACAGAUAGGAAAAGUGAUAAAUGGCGGACUUACAGAUUUCCAUGCGCUUCAAGGAGAACUCGUUCCUAAUCCAGACAUAGAGAGAUGCAAUAGUCCAUAUGGGCACGCUAUUGUUGAACUCAUAAAAACUAAACGUUUAUAUGCAUGUCUCCAGCCCUUUAACAAACAUAAGGAAUCUGUAGAUAGGGCACAUAAUCAUGAUCCUGCCGUCUACCUCGCUGUUGUAAAAAGAGAAGGUCAGCGUCAACUCGAAGGCAAUCUUGCACCUCACGGUCAGAGGCAAGCUCUCGAAGCUCAAGGCAAAACUUUUCAUGACAUAUUGUUUCGUACUGUGUAUAGAUUGAACCCUCAGGGAAUCGUUUAUUACACACCUUUGAAUGGAACUAAAGUGGAAGGAAUAUUAUAUCAAUACCCUGGUUAUCGCCUUGACUUUUUUGCAUAAAGCAUCGGUUUCACUUCAUUCAAGUUUUCGAGCUCUUGCCUUCACUAGCUCACUUUCGCCAUCUUUUUGUUUCACAGUACCUUGGUGCCCAUUCAUCAUGCUUGGGCUACGUGACCAGCGACACAGUCAUUAAUAUCUUUGAAACUGCUGUUGAACCUAAAAUAUCUUGUUGAUAAUAAAAAAUAUGCAUUUGUAUCGGAAAAUAAAAUGUCAGGAUAA